GACCGAAAUGCGGCGAGCAACUUCGUGCCUGCUGUUGGAAACUUCAGUGUGCAGUACAACUUUACUUCUGCGUCCAUCGCUGUGCAAAUCCUCAGUGAUCCAGGAUACCUCGGCUACGCUCUACGAGAGGAGCCAAAGUGGGCCCAGGACGUAACUUUAGCAAGUGUUUUCUUCGGGGCCAUGAUCGGGAUGCUGGUCAUGGGAAGGCUUGGUGACAUGAUUGGUCGAAGCUGCGCAAUGAAGGUGACCCUUUCCUUCACUGUACUUGGCUCGUUGGUGCCAGCCUGUGCCUUCGGUGGCAGUGAUGCCACGUACGCAGUGGUGUCUAUGGGGCGAUUGAUCCUAGGGCUAGGUGUAGGUGGAAUUUAUCCUCUUUCUGCUGUCGAGGGAUGCGAGGAGCAAUCUGCUCGCGGGAAGCAUGUAGGGCAGGCUUUCUUCUUCCAGACCCUGGGCCAGCUUGCACCGUAUUUGGUCGCCAUGCUUCUGCUGGGGGUGAUCCAGCCUGCCACCCCGGCCGAGUGGGUGCCGCAGCUUCAGUUUCGGCUGCUCUUUGCGCUGGGUGCG